GAAAAAAAAGAGUGUCUAAAAACCAAAAGAAAGAAAGAUUACAAUGAGGAAGCCUGAGUUCUCCUCCUCCUCUUCCUCCUCCACAAAGAACAGUAACAACAACAAUAAUAAUAACACAAACGUGAAGCUAAGAAAAGGGUUGUGGUCUCCAGAGGAAGAUGAGAAGCUUAUGCAUUAUAUGCUAACAAAUGGACAAGGGUGUUGGAGUGAUGUAGCAAGAAAUGCAGGAUUACAAAGAUGUGGAAAGAGUUGUAGACUCAGAUGGAUUAAUUAUUUGAGGCCAGAUCUUAAGAGAGGUGCAUUUUCACCUCAAGAAGAAGAACAUAUUAUACAUUUACAUUCCAUUCUUGGUAACAGGUGGUCUCAAAUAGCUGCACGUUUGCCUGGACGUACUGAUAAUGAAAUCAAGAAUUUCUGGAAUUCGACGUUGAAAAAGAGGCUAAAGAACUCAUCAUCAUCCUCUACACCAUCACCAAAUGCAAGUGAUUCAUCCUCAGAUCAUCCCUCCAAAGAACUCAACAUGGGAGUCACUCAACAAGGAUUCAUGCCAAUGCUCAAACAUAACCUAAUGUCCAUGUACAUGGACUCAACCUCGCCUUCUUCCCCAUCUAUAGCCCUAAACACCAUAAAUAUUGAUCCUUUGCCCACCCUCGAGCACACCUUAAUAAGCAUACCUAAUGGUUUUAACGUGCCCUCAUUCUUGAGUACUACACAACCAUGCAUGGUACAAGGAGGGAAUAGUGUGAGUACUAAUGGUGGAAGUCUCUUUUAUGGGAAUAAUCAUGGGAUAUUUGGAGGAAAUCUUAGUAUGGAAGGUCAUGAGCUAUAUGUUCCACCAUUGGAGAAUGUAAGUAUUGAGUAUCAAAAUGUUGAAAAUGGGAAUUUUAGUCAUCAUCAAAACAACAAUAACCCUAACAACAUGACCAACUUGAUCAACACUAGCCAUAAUUUCAAUACUUGUAGUAAUAUCAAAGUAGAAAAUUUUGGAGGGAUAGGGAAUUAUUGGGAAGGAGAUGAUGUAAAAGUGGGAGAGUGGGACUUGGAGGAAUUGAUGAAGGAUGUUUCACCUUUCCCUUUUCUUGAUUUCCAAGUUGAAUAACCCUACAACAACAUUUAAUAUCCCUAUGGAGAUCAAGACCUUUUCUUUUUUUUCCUUUUUCAACAUUAGGCCACAUAUUUUCAAUCCUAUACAUAUAGUUCAUAUAUAAAUUUGGACAUGAAAUAGAAGAUGAGAGGGUAAAGAAUCUCACAAAAAUAAGGAUAAUUUCCAAGUAGAUAUAUAUAUAUUUUUUAUAUUUUAGGAUAUUUUUCAUGUACUUUAAAUGAUGUAAUUGGAAAAAGGGUAAUUUGGUCAUUUGUACUUCAUUUAGGUGUUUGUAAUAAUCACAAUUUUACAUACUCUUGCAGAGAUAUGUAUAGUCGGUCACAUGUGAUAAUGUAGAAAUUAGUGAUUGUCUAUUAGUCUUAUUGUGUACAAAAUCAUUGAAAAUGU